AUGUCCUCAUUAAAGAAUGUCUUUUAUUUCCAAGCUGGGCUUGGAGUCCUAGCCAAUAUAUUUCUCCUUUUUUUCUAUACUUGCAUAAUACUAGGUGACAAACCUAAGCCCAUGGACCUGAUCUGUCAACUGACCUUCAUUCACAUAAUGAUGAUCCUCACUGCAGAGGAUAUUUGGCUUUCUGACUUAUUUGAGAUUCUGAAUGUUGAGAAUGACUUCAAAUGUAAGGCAACUUUUUAUAUAAGCAGGGUGAUGAGAGGCCUCUCUAUCUGCACCACCUGCCUCCUGAGUGUGGUCCAGGCUGUCACUAUCAGCCCUAGUACAUCAUUGUUAGCAAAAUUUAAGCAUACAGUAAAAAAACACAUCACCUAUGCUUUUUUCUAUCUUUGGACUUUCAAUUUGUCAUUCAGUAGUAUGUGGUUCUUCUAUGUUGCUGGUUUUAACAAUGUGAGUGAGACCCAUCAGAUGAAGGUCACUAAAUCCUGCUCACUCUUCCCCAUUAACUACAUCAUCAGGGGAUUGAUUUUAACAGUGUCAGUCUCCAGAGAUGUGUUUCUUGUAGGAGUCAUGCUAAUCACAAGUACAUAUAUGGUGAUUAACUUGUGCAGACAUCAGAGGCAAUGCAAGCAUCUUCAUGGCAUCAGGCACCUGAGAGCAUCCCCUGAGAAAAAGGCCACCCAGACCAUCUUGCUGAUGGUAGUUUUCUUUGUGGUCAUGUACUGGGUGGACUUCAUCAUCUCAUUCACCUCAAUCUUGUUAUGGAUGUAUGACCCAGUCGCCCUGACUGUUCAGAAAUUAGUGAUGUAUGCCUAUCCUACAACUACUCCUUUAGUACAAAUCACUUCUGAUAAGAGAACGAUUAGUGUACUGAAAAUCUUGCACUCCAAAUGCCACUAG